AUGGCGGCAUCUUCAGUUGUGUCCACCACCAAAACAAAACAAAACUUGUCGGACCCCCUCGGCCUGUUUUCUUUGUUAUCACCAGAUCUAGUGUUAGAAAUUUUGUACGGUCUCCCUGUGAAAUCACUCUUGACACUCAAGUGUGUUUCCAAGCCCUUGAAUUCUUUAAUUUCUGAUCCUAAAUUUUCCAAAGAUCACCUUCGCUUGUCACAGACCCGCCAUAACAACCUCCUCGUAUGCCCGUAUUUUAAUUUCAAAGACCUUGAAUUUGUCUUUGAUUCCCGACUGCCCUCUAUAUUUAACAAUUUCACUAGCACUAUCUCGGAGACGAAGCUUUACUUCCCUAUAGACAAUUGCUAUAAUGUUUCCUUGGUUGACUCUUGCGAUGGUAUCAUCUGUUUCAAAACGACUGACUAUUAUAACAGGCAUGUUAGACUUGUAAUAUGGAACCCUUGUACUAGGAACUUCAAGGUAUUGUCACUUUAUGAAAAUCCUCCUUCUCUUACGAGUAAAACUUCAUAUAGUUUUGGGUAUGAUCAUUUCACAAAUAGCUACAGGGUAGUUGUUGUUUUUUGCUACCAAUUGAAUAAAUCUUGCAAAACUCUAGUUAAGGUUAGUACCUUAGGUAACGAUUUUUGGAGAACAAUUCCAGACUUCCCUUCUCAAAUCAUGGGUCAACCCGAAAGACAUCCAGGAAAAUUUGUAAGUGGCACCAUUAAUUGGGUCAUACUGGAUCGAGAGAAUGACUCUUCACGGGUCAUUCUUUCUCUUGAUUUAGGAAACGAGUCUUAUCAAGAGAUUUUGCAGCCUAAUUAUGGUUUAGAUGAACCUCUGCAUAACUUUAGCUUGGGGGUUUAUAGGGAUUACUUAUGCGUCCUUGCUCAUACAAAAUCUUUUUUGGAUAUUUGGGUUAUGAAAGAUUUUGGAAAUAAAGAAUCUUGGACUAAAUUGUUUAUUGUCCCGUUUGCUGAAUUCCUUGAUUAUUAUGGCUAUUCAAGACUUGGCUAUACAAGACUGCUUUAUAUUUCUGAGGAAGAUGACCAAGUGGUCCUAGAUUUCUAUAAUAAGAUAUAUGUUUACAAUUACAAGAAUCGUAUUUCAAAGAUUCCUGAGAUUCAUGGUUUUACUAGGUUUACUUCUAAUGUCUACGCAGAGAGUCUCAUAUCACCUUGA